AUGCAUCCCACAGAAGUCGAGGACACGAGCGGCGACGGUGCGUGUGACAGCGGUGUCGGCGGUCCUAGCCUCGCCUGUCCCGAGGGUACCAGCGGGCUGGUCGUCGGCCCGGAAACGUCGCCGAACGUAAUGGAGUGCGGUGGAUGUGGCGAGCGGGUACGCGAGCGGACCAUCCUCUGCGUAGGCGGGCGUACGUGGCACUCUAGGUGCCUGAGGUGUAGCGCCUGUGCCAGACCGUUGCACGAUCAGCACUCGUGCUUCCAGAGAGGCAUGCGGGUUUACUGCAGGCACGACUACGAUCGAACUUUCGGUGCAAAGUGCGCGAAAUGCGGGCGCAGCGUGGGCGCCGGGGAUUGGGUGAGAAGGGCCAGGGAAAGGGUUUAUCAUCUGGCCUGCUUCGCAUGCGACGCCUGCUCGCGUCAGCUGUCGACCGGCGAGCAAUUCGCCCUCCUGGACGCCCGAUUGCUCUGCAAGGCGCACUAUCUCGACGUCGUCGAGGGCAACAACACCUCCUCCGAUGAAGGCGGUGACUCCGAGAGUGGUCACAAGGGCGGCAACAAGGCGAAGAGAGUUAGGACCACCUUCACCGAGGAACAGCUCUCCGUUCUCCAGGCGAAUUUUCAAUUGGACAGCAAUCCCGACGGCCAGGACCUCGAGAGGAUAGCGCACGUAACCGGACUCAGCAAGAGGGUGACGCAGGUGUGGUUCCAAAAUUCGAGGGCGAGGCAGAAGAAGCAUCUUCACACGGGCAAGAUGAAGGGCCAGCACGUGCACCAAUCGCCACCGAACUCCACUGCGUCGCCCAACGAUUUCGGCCGUCACAUCAACCUGCAUCUGACGUACUCGUUUCAACAUCAGCAACAGCAUCAGCAGCAACAGCAACCGCAGCUCAGCCCGGCCACGUGCAAGAGUCCGACGGGCUCCAUUUAUCACAAUCACGGGUCGGAGCAGUCGAUGGACGAGCUCUCGCAAGACUCGAUGCUGCUGUCUAUGCCGAACGAGGUUUAAUGGCGAAAUUUCGAUUACAUUGUAAAUACACGGCGUUGCUUUAAAAAGCGUUAAAUGGCAGAGGGAGAUACCACGCCUCUCGGGGAAGCAUCGCUCAAUGCUAUAAUUUUAUUUAUUCUCAAAUAGAGAUGUGCAAAUUAUUCGAAUACGAAUCAAAUCGAAUCAAGAGAUUCGAAUACGAAUCACAUAUAUUGACAGAAUCUUAUAAAAUCAUAUUUCCCGUUAGUAAAUUAAACGCAGAUAGAAAUUCUCUUUUAUCAUCUACAUAUUAAAAUAUUCAACCUAACACAAUAAUUAUGUUGUUAAUUAAAAAUUAAUUGUUUCAACGAUUCGGAUAAAAUUUCGUCACUUCGGAUUCGAACAAAGAAAUGAAACUCAAUUCGAUUCGGCAUCGAAACACCUUGAUUCGCAUAUCUCUAUCCUCAAGAAAAGUGAAAAUUUGCUCGUCGCUCUUCAAUGACGCACUUUUCGAGUUAACGCUCGCAACAUAUAUCUCGCGCUCUCGGUGUUAAACUUAUACUGGAACCAGUAUUGUUCCGCGUUACACGCGAAAAGAUACAUGCGUGUAUGUAUGUGUGUGCGAUGUGUGAUGUGAGCGUGCCUGCGUGUGUGUAUGUGUGUACAUGUGUGCGUGUGUGCGUAUGCGUGUGUAACUUUGUGUCUGCAAUUUUGAAUCGAUCUGUCUGCCUACCUCUUUCUCGGUUGUGUGUGAUGAUUUUGUACUUGUUCUUUCUCCUUCGUCUCUCCAUUCUCUCUCUUCCUUUCGAAUCGAUGCAACCAGAAGAGGAUCGCUUUAAUGAAGCGAAUAUAGGCGUAAAAAAAGAAGCGGAUAUGUAGGGUAUUUAUUAUGAAUCUAUUCGGAAGUGAUUUCGUUCGGAAUGAUUCCGUUUCUCGUCCACUCGACUUACUAUGAACAUUCGAAUUGUAUUCGAAAUGAUCGGAAAGUUUGCGAUUUUUUGAACGUGCUAUUUUAAUAAAUCUAACAAAAAUUUAAGCCUUAUUCUUAAAUAUAUAAUUGUUUGUACGACGAUUAAAUAAUGACAAGCUAAUUUUCAACAAGUUGCGCGAUAUUAAUAU